AUGGUCGAUAUUUUUGGUAUGGACCCAAGCUGGUUCCCUCCUACCGAUCGUCCCAUCCGUCUGGGGGGACGAUACGUUUUGGCCGCAAAUGCCAUUCCCAUUGCUACACUCUUACUCCCUCACGGCUAUCUUCGCCAUAGUCUUGCCAUUCCAGCUUUGCUCUGGAUCCCGUACAGUCUUAGACAAUACACUACCGGCCAGACCGAAGAAGAUUACCUAACGGCUAUCAAUGUGUGUAUGGCUCUGGGGAAAUAUAUUGACUUUUGCAUACUCCGGACUUCUGAACAUGCCUGUCGUCGCGUGGCACCGGAUGGGAGCUUGGAAACACUGCAAGAAAUCACCACUUUGACACUCUGGCAAAAGCUUCGAUGGAAUUUCGACCUCUUCACCACCAUGCGCGGGAUUGGUUGGAACUGGAGGGUCAAGAACGUCGAAGAAGUGGCCCGGGAUAUCCCGCGCAGCCGAUUCAUCCUGGUGCAAAUUUUCAGAGUCAUUUACUGUUUCGCUUUUCUCGACGUGUAUGAAUGGUGUAUUCGCCGAACUUCAUUUGGCGAUGGUACACGUCCCAUUCCUGACUUCUUCUCCGUCUCCCUUGUCCAGCAAAUCCUCUUUGCUUGGGCGGGUGCCCUCCACAGUGGAUUCACUAUGGCUUUUGGAUACUAUUUCCUUGCAGCCAUCACAGUUAUGACGGGGCUAUCACAUCCACAAUCGUGGCCGCCAAUGUUUGGAUCUUUCACUCAGAAAGGAUAUACGAUGAGAAAGGUCUGGGGCUAUUGCUGGCAUCAGUUUCUUCGGCGAACGUUUGAGACUGCAAACUCGGGCAUUACUGGGCUACUCAGAAUCAAGAAAGGCACGCUUGCAUCUCGCUAUUUGCAGCUCUACGCUGCAUUCUUCGUUUCGGCUCUGAUCCAUCAUGUUGGCUCCCUGAAUAUGCCCUACUGCUCAAUGGUGUGGUAUCAGUUUCUCUUCUUCAUGAUGCAGCCUGUCGCAAUAACUGUCGAAGAUGUUGUCAUUAUCGUUGCAAACAAGGUUGGCUUGAGAGAAAGUUGGAUUACCCGAAUCGUGGGAUAUGCUUGGGUAGGAUGUGUCUUGAGCUUUACUCUCCGAUAUGUGAUCAAAGCUUUCGUGGAAGCCGGACUGGGCGACGCAAGACAUCCAUUUGUGGCCAGAUUCUGCAUCAUGGACCGUGUAUAUGGUUAG